AGUUACUUCCUCUUUGCUACAGAAGCAGCUGAGACGUGACGAUGGCAGCAAGAAGACGUGCAACCGCUAACCCCGUUGAAACAAAACCUACAAAAGAAGUGACAGAAGGUGUCACUAAAACUGACAAUGACAUGUCAUUUCAAGAGAAAAUAGAGUACAUAGAUCAGGAAAUACGAAAGCUCCAUGUCUUCUGUGUCAACUCUGGCUACAGCUCAACUCAGAUUGAGGGAUUUGUCGACCCUUUCACUCAGUCGAUGAAAUCAGUGAACAGGGAACGAUGGACACGACGAGCUAUACGUCUUGCAAUCUUCGUCGCUGUUGCUGCUGCUUUGUUCUAUAUCGACCCAGUCUACAAGUUGAUUUGUGUUGUUGGAAAGAAAAGUGCAAUCUCCGUGCUGCCAGUAUGGGACUGGACCAAGAUCUACCACUCAUCCUGUCUUGUGGAGAACCCUUACUACUCUGGAGGCCAGCUCACCACAGAGGACUGUGAAUUGUGCGAGAGUCUGACUGGCAUUGAAAGAGUGCGGAGUUUGAGUCAGGAUGAUAUACUGGACAUGUAUCUGAAGAGGGACCUCCCAGUCAUUGUGGAAGAUGGGACCAAGGGGUGGAUUCCUUCAGAUGAAUACAGUAUCGCCAAGAUAGCCCAGGCAUACCAGUUGAGCCAGGUGUUGAGGGAGCACAGUAGCUGCAGCUUCAACAGCAAUCUCCGCCAACAGUACAAGGAGCACCGCAAGCUCCUCAACAAGGCAGCCAAAGGGGAGAUAACCAACUACUUUGCUCACUGGGAGAACUGUUUUGCGGAUGCUGCCAAGGCAUUCCGAUAUCUCUACAAGAGGCCAUAUUUCCUGCCUCCAACAGUGGAGAUUGGCAUCAGCAACUUUGUCUUCAUAGCUUCCAAUUACACAGGGAAAGUCCCCAAGAAAAUAGAUAUGGCGCAAUCGAUGGUGGUGUUGGCGCAGGUGAAGGGGACAAUGCAGGUGACGGUGCGUCCACGGGAACCCUGCAACACUGUCUGCGAGAGCAUGAAAGAGACAUUAUCAGAGGGAGAGAUAUUUGUGGUUACAGACAUGCUGUGGUCGUUAGAAUAUGUUCCACAUGCUAAGGAUGAGAGCAUAACAAUCGGCCUCGGGGGCUCAUUUGACUAGACCUCUGUAGCGCAACCUCCUUGAUCUUCCAGCCAAUAUGGCGUGUUAAUGUUGUUUCACUCUGUUGUUCAGUGCUCAAAUGUUGGACAUCACAAUAAGCUACAGUGUGUGCUAGUUACAGGGUAUUCAGUAAAAAUAUGUCCUGUUUGAAUAUUGUAUAACCAGAAAAAUCAGAUGAUUUGUGAAAAAUGGAUAAGUAGACACAUGAUUGUGUUAUUAUGGCUGGCCAAAAAGAUCAAUAUUUGGAUAUAUCAUUGAUGGGAACAAAUAUUGAUGAUUAUUGAUAUAAAAAGGGUCAUCAAUAAUAUCUUUAAUGAAAUUUGCUUUUAAUUUACCAAAACAAUUGUUCCCGAAGGCAGAAUGUAAUCUGCAGAUCACGUUUUACAGACAUAAUAGAAUACACUAUGUAUUUCAUGUCAUUGAGGGGCAGUGGGGUAGACUAGUGGUUACAGCAUUCACUUGUCACGCUGAAGACACAGGUUUGAUUCCCCACAUGGGUACAGUGUGUGAAGCCCAUUUCUGGUGUCCCCUGCCGUGAUAUUGCUGUAAUAUUGCUAAAAGUGGCAUAAAACUAAACUCACUCACUCACUCAUGUCACUGAUGAGUGGUGACACAUUCAUGCAUGGAUUACUAACAACUACAGCCUGAGCAUAAUUUAGAAUAAAGGACAUAACAUAGUGUAUUGUGUGUAUUAAUUAAAACAUGAUUUCUCAAUAGUUUUUGCAAGCUAUUAUUGAUGACACUGUUUUCAUAUCGAUAAUUGUUAAUAAUUCUUCACAUUGAUGAUAUUUCAGAUUACCAGUUUAUUUAGUUAGCCUUUCUUCCUCACAUUCUAUGUUAAAGUAACAUAUGUUACACUUUGUAUCAUACAUGCCCUUUGUGAUCACCUCAAACAUUCCACUAUAUUUGUAUGUAUUUUCUUUUGUUCAGGCUAUGAUUUCUAGUCAGUAUGUUUUUGUUCAAGGUCUACUCACAUUUUAUGAUUUGUUUCUUUGUUAGUUAGGUUUGUUUCUUUUUUAAGAGCAGUAUGUUAAAUGUGCUGAAGUAUAUGUUGAAUUAUCCUGCUGAAGUUUUCCUACAUGAGGCUGUAAUGAUUCAGUUAUUAGUUCUAAUGCACCUAAAGUUUCAUCAUAGUAAAGUCUAAGUGCUAGCUCAAGUAAACCAUUCACAGAUUCAGAGGGAGUGUGUACCAUUUUCUGAAUCACAUUUUGACAACAACAACAAACUAAUUUAUCUGGUGGCAUGUUUUCAGGAAGAAUAACAAUCAAUGGACUAAGCUUCAGCCAACAAACUUGUCACACUUUAAAUGCAACUUCACAAAUUGCAAACAAGCCACACUCCCCAUAAUAUUUGCAUUGUUAACACCUGCCUCAAUUUCAGUGGAGUCUGCAGGCAACUGAAUGUCUGGCCACUUGAUUUGUUGCAGGUUAUCUGUGUUUGCUUCCAUUGAAACUGUGGUUGGGUUCAGUCAUUACUUUAUGGGAAUUUUUUCAUGUUGUUUUCUGUGUGGCUAUAUCUAUAAUGUGGACCUAUUCCAUAGUCCAGUCUGUUUUGCUGAUUUGUUUGUUAGUCCUGAACACGGAGAAACGGAAUUUAUGUAAUGCUUGUAUAGGCAUCAUUUUUUUAUGUGUUUCACAUAGCCACCAAAUUCUGAACAUGGGUCGGUUGGUCCGGAAAAAAUAAAAAAUAAUAAAAACAAAAUUAUCCAAAUAAUGUUCUUGAUUUACAUUUAUUGUAAUUCAUAUUACAAUUUCUUGUGUUCUUGGGACUUGUGGCAGCGACUGAUUAAAACAUUUUAGAUAGAUACACAUUUUAUAUGAUUAGGCGGUACGUUCAGUAUGUUUAAGGUUCAAGUUGGCGGUGUUGGAAUGAAAAAAAAGUUGGGGGGUCGACAAUAAAAUUAGAAGGGUCGGUUGGGCAAUGAGAAACACAAAAAAUAAAAAUGCUGCCCUAUUUAGUGAACUGUUUAUGUCAAUGUACCAUUGUACAAUGUCAGACUAUGUCUUCAUAGGUGCUAUUUAUUUUAAGGUAGUUUUAUGCACUAGGAUUGUGUGUCUUUUACAAAUGUUAUUAAUGUGUUAAGACAAGGUAUAUUUUCAUGACAGUUAUACUUUAAUGGAUGGUUUUAUUGAUCACCUUGUUAACAUUUCCUUUCAUACAUGAGGCAGGAAUCCUGAAUCUCUGGCUUACAUGAAUAUUCAUUGUUCUGUCAGAACAUUGUGUUGAUUUGAAAUUUUGUUAACCUAUUUUUUCAAAUUAAUUGUUUAUUUUGCCGUUUUUGCACAUAAUAAUAUAAUUGACUCUAAUUUCAUUCACUGGAAAGUGUCAGGGCAACUGAAAUUUAUCAUUGUCAGCGGGUAUCAAUAAAGAAUGCUUAUUUAGUUUAAGAACCAA